GAAACCAGAUUGCGACAGUCGAUAUUAAAACAUGCAGUGAGUGAGAGAGAAAAGGAGAGAGAGAAAGGGUGGAGAGAGAGAAAAGCGAGCUGCAGGCCUUUCCACGGGGACAAACUAGCAGAAAGGCAUCUCGCAGUUAUUCCUUUCUCUCUCUCUUUCUCUCUCUCAACAUCCUAACUGCAAUUGAUUUGUGUAUGAAAAGCUGGGCGCUUUUCGCCCCCCUUUCGGGCUGUGCGUUUUGAGUGAUCAGCUGAUGAAGAGACUGGCUGCGCGCUGCAAUGCUGGUUUGCUAAUUCUCUCUCCUCCAGACUGGAGCCAGCCUGGAGACCACAGUCAGGCCAUCCAAAACGGAGUGUCUGAGGUUAUGGAGGAGGAAAGCAACUUGAAGAAACGAAAAAGCGAUCAACAAGGCAACCAGGGCUCUGAGACUGGUCAGGAGGUGGUCAAAAAGCGACGGGGUCGCCCUCCUGUCGAGAAACUGCCGCCCAACCCUCCCAAGCUCACAAAACAGAUGAACACCAUAGUAGACAUGGUCAUCAACUACAAGGACACGUUGGGCCGACAGAUCAGUAAAGGUUUCGUUCAGCUGCCCUCAAGAAAAGAGGUGCCAGAGUACUACGAGCUCAUCCGCAAGCCAGUCGAC